GCAGCCGGGGAAAGCAGCGAAGGGUGGCGGGGCACGGCCGUCCAGAGCAGGUGGCCAUAGCGGGAGAGCCGGAUCAGGAUUCCCCGUCCUACCAGGACCAGAGACCACCGCAACGACCUCAGGCAAUAUGAUUCCGGUGGCUGAAUUCAAGCAUUUCACAGACCAGCAGCCUGCUUUCAAAGUUCUCAAGCCUUGGUGGGAUGUGUUAGCUGAGUACAUCACCAUAGUCAUGCUGAUGAUAGGCGUUUUCAGCUGCACUCUGCAAGUGAUACAUGACAAAAUCAUCUGCCUUCCCAAUCAUGUUCCCAGUGGUACAGCUUUUACUGAUUUAACUUGUGAAGAUUUCACCAAGAAGACAAUCAAUAACUCUGAACCAAUCAAGUCUUCUGUCCGCCAGGAAAUGAAUGGAUUACGGAACAACCUAGAUCUUCAACAGUACAGCUACAUCAAUCAGAUGUGCUAUGAGACAGCCCUUCAUUGGUAUGCUAAGUACUUUCCUUAUCUUGUUAUUAUCCAUACACUGAUGUUCAUGGUGUGUGCCUCUUUCUGGUUCAAAUUUCCUGGUACCAGUUCCAAGAUUGAACAUUUUAUCUCCAUUAUGAGCAAAUGUUUUGACUCACCUUGGACUACUCGAACCAUCUCAGAAGUUUCUGAAGAGGAGAAUACAAGCUCAGGAAAGGUGAAUCGGAUCAGGAAAAGUAAUGUUCCCAGUGAACUGAUUGAACUUUCUCCUACAGGAGGCUCUGUUACAGCAAAGAAAGUUGCAGAGUCCCCUUCCAGCAGCAUGUUGGGCAAAAAGGAAGGCGAGGAAGCCAAGGCUUUGUUUGAAAAGGUGAAAAAAUUCCGACUCCAUGUCGAAAAAGGAGACAUUCUUUACACAAUGUACAUCCGCCAAACUGUUCUCAAAGUUUGCAAAUUUCUAGUUAUUAUUGUCUACAAUGCAGUCCUGGUUCACAAUAUUAAAUUCAUAGUGCCCUGUAGUGUUAAAAUGGAGGAUAUGACAGGUUAUGACCAUUUCUGUUGCAAUCAUACCAAAGCCUGUCUCUUCUUUAAGCUGGCUAUGUGCUACCUCUGUUUCCUUGGUGUGUAUGGUAUGACCUGCCUCUAUACUCUUUAUUGGCUUUUUCACCGGCCACUUAAAGAGUACUCAUUUCGCUUUGCUCGUGAGGAUACCGGCAUUAAGGACAUCCCUGAUGUGAAAAAUGAUUUUGCUUUCAUGCUCCAUCUCAUAGACCAGUAUGAUUCCCUUUACUCCAAGCGCUUUGCUGUAUUCCUCUCUGAGGACAGUGAGUUCAAACUUAAACAGCUCAACCUCAAUCAUGAGUGGACACAUGAUAAAUUGCAGCAGAAACUGCAGACAAACCCUAGUGGGCGCCUAGAACUCCAUCUCUUCAUGUUGCCUGGGUUGCCUGACACUACUUUUGAGAUGAUUGAGUUGGAAGCUCUAAAACUGGAAUUGCUCCAAGAUGUCACUUUCCCGGUCUCAGUAACUCAACUGAUCAAUCUCCAAGAGCUAGUGCUGAUCAACUGUCCUGCUAAGCUGUCCUUUACCUCCCUUAAGUUCUUCCGUGAACAGCUGAAGGUGAUGAUGGUAAAUUUUGAUGACAUAAAAGAUAUACCUGUGUGGAUCUACAACUUGAGAGGUUUGGAAGAGUUGUACAUCUCAGGAUUUUUCAACCAGGAGAUGGGCCGGACAGGAACUCUAGAAAGCUUACGUGAGCUAAAGAACCUAAAGGUUUUGACACUGCACAGCAACAUCUCAAAACUGCCACCCAGUGUGGCUGAUCUGGCCACUCACCUGCAAAAGCUCAGGAUACAUAAUGAUGGGACUAAGUUGGUAGCCCUCAACAAUCUCAAGAAGCUCUUCUCGGUGCAGGAGCUAAAACUAAUAAACUGUAACCUGGAACGGAUCCCCCAUGCUAUCUUUAGCCUUGUGAACUUGCAAGAGUUGGACUUGAAGAAUAAUAAGUUGAUUUCCAUUGAAGAAGUCAUUAGUUUCCAGCAUUGCCGAAAGUUGAUAUGUCUCAAACUUUGGCACAACCAGAUUUUUACCAUCCCUGAACAUAUCCGCAAACUCAAGACCUUGGAGCAACUUGACCUCAGCCAUAAUUACAUUGAAGCUCUCCCUUCACAACUCUUCAUGUGCACUAGGCUACAUUAUUUGGAUCUUUCCUACAAUAAAAUUCAGAUCAUCCCUUCUGGGAUGGGAGUUUUACAAAGCCUUCAAUAUUUCGCUGUUUCGCACAAUUGCUUGGAGACGUUGCCUAAUGAAAUUUACUUCUGCAAGAAACUCAAAGUUCUCAAAGCCGAACACAACAAACUCCGGCGCAUCUCAGAUCGCAUAAGCUGGCUUCCUUUGCUGUCCAGGAUAGAGCUGAAAGGGAACCAGCUUGAAGCCCUACCCUUGGAGAUUGGUCAGUGCAAAUUCCUCAAGCGUAGUGGUCUGGUGGUGGAGAGCAAUCUUUAUGAGACAUUGCCUUUAGAAGUAAGGGUAAAAAUGGAGGACGAAUGACCGAUGUGAACAGUAGUAAGGACAGAGUAAUUUCUCAAGUGCCGACUGUGUAGGGAUAGAACCAGAACAUGUAAGAGUUUGGCUCUAUUCAUCCCAGAUGCUCUCCCAGUAAGUCCCAACUUUUUUCCAUGUCACCAUGGAAUGGAUGUGAUAAGACUUAGUCUAGCAAAUCUGUAUCUCAGGAUGAAAUCAGGAAGGAACUGACUGCUUCAGCCCCACAAAGAGGGGUAGAAAAAAGAAAGUGACAUUUUGUUUUUGUUUUGUUUUUGUUUUUCUGAAAAACACCAAUUUUCAGAACAGUUAAAUAGGAUAAAUAAUUUAUAAGGAAAAAGGCUGUACCAGACCAAAGAAUCAUUGUAUUUAAUUUUUUGUGUCUAUUUAUGUACAUAUUUUUGAACUGCUCUGAAGCUUUGCUAGAUACUCUUCUUCAAGUGGAUUUGUUUGUCCACUCUUAAGCUGCAGCUUCUUGUUACCAUGUUUGGAGACAUGGCCUAAUUUUAUCGAAAGUGAUUCUGGGUGAUGUUUUGCCUAUUUAUUGCAAUAGGUGAGAAUUAGUCAGGGACUAGGAAUCUUGCAUAAUUAUCAAAAUAACCUAGUUCUCUUUAUUCUGUUCUUUGUUAGAAGAAGAAUUGUGUUCUGAAAUGUUGAAGAGCCAAACCACAAAGCAUUUGCUUUGAUCAAUAAGGAUUCAUCAUAUGAUGUAACUUCUAAUUUUUCUAUGUCAGAUUGGCCUAAAUCCUAUCCAGCAUUCUGCCAAUGUGAGCAUCUCUGCAGUGCAGUUUCUGUCAUGGAGGUUGUCCAUGUACUUGGCAGAGUGGAAGUAUCUCCCAUGCAUAGCAAGUGCUGGGAAAUAUUGGGGCGAUUCUCCUAAUUUUUUCCUCCUUAUCAGAUGACAAAUAUAGGAAAUAUACAGUGUAACUCUUACAUCUUAUUAAUGUGAUUGUCUGCCAAUUCCAGGAGUCUUAAAGGACAACUUAAUUUUUAAUCCUACUAUCUUCUGCCUAUAGAAUGGAAAUCAUAAUUGUUGUCAUGCAGUUUUAAAGACUUUUGACAAAGGCCUUCAAAGAAGACUCUUGAACAAGUUGCUGCAGUCAUAAGAUAAAAAACAAGUUAUCUAGUAAUUAGUAAGUAAUAAAUCAGUAAGGGAACAUGAAGUAUUAAUAUAUCCCAUUCAAAUAGAAAACGUAUAUUGAUAUAAACUAUCACUUCUUGAAAUGCAAAGUUUUCAGGAAUCUACAAUUGAAAGUUUUCUGUUGAUUUAUUUGAAGAAAGCAUUAGAUCCUUGCCUUAAGUUCCUGCCCUGAUGGUACCUCUGACAAGCUGUCCGGGAAGUGCUUUGCUUCUAAUCGGAGCAAAUGUCAUUCCAUUGAAGUAGCAUCAAGCAAAUGCUUUGGUGGGAAUAUCAGGUUAUGGCUGGGAAGGCUUCAAAAGACUCUUACAUGAGGAAACAAUCCAGUUUUUCUAGGUCAUGGAUAUCAGUGCCACUCAUCUCCGAUGGGAUUUUCAUUAUUUUGUAAUAAUGUGUUAAAACAGUGCUAAAACAGUUAAAGACAACAGUGCAAAAGGAGAAACGUACAGCUUUAAAGAGAUUUCAAAAAUAACUGUAAAAGAUCUGUGAAGACCCAAUCAUUAUUAUUUAUUUAUCUUCAUUUAGUAUGAAUGAUCAACAUUUACCAGUAGUUUAACUGGUUAGUUGAUUGAUAAGGCAAUUUAUUUAAUGGUAAACCACUAGCAUUCUAUACAUGGUGUAUCAGGUUCACCUCCAGUUUAAAGAAUAAAUAGCUGGUGAUAGAAGCUAUUUGGUAUAAAGGUCUAAUUCCUGAGGGACUCUAAGCCUAAUGUUGUCUUGUAUUUUUGGAUUUGACACCAGCCCUACGUACCAACACUGUGUAUGUAUGUAUGUAUGUAUGUAUGUAUGUAUGUAUGUAUGUAUGUAUGUUGUUUGCAGUUACAACCAGUGUCAAGAGUUAUAUUUUUGCCAAUAAAAUAGUCAAGAGGCAUUUAGAAACAUUCAUAAACUAGUAUCCUGAAUUAUUAUGUACUUCCAUGAAGGAAAGAUUGAAAACCAUAAAUAUAUAGUUAUGUCAUUUAUGGUAGCUAUCCUCUAAAUAAUCAUUGUUAAUGACCCAGACCUGUAGGACAAACAAUGGAAGAAUUAAAUUUACUUGGUAAUUGCCCAAAGAAACCUUAUUCAAGUGUCAGUGAAAUAUUAUAUCACACUGAGCAACUUUUCUCAAUCUUUUAACCUUGGAGAAACUGUGAAAUAAUGUUCAGGUCUUGUCUAAAAAUGGCAAAAAAUAUAGACACAUCAUAAAACAAUCCACUCAGCAAGAGGUUGACUGACUCAUGUCGUAUAAGCCCAAAAUUAAGCAAAUCAUACUAUGAUUUAGUACAGUAUACAAAACUAUCCAAAUUAAGGUCAUUCACUGAAUAAUGUGGCUGAAUGGAAAUUUAAUCCUAGCUCUUCUUAAUCUAAUUCCAAGUCAGAUCCACACAGCUGCAUUUUCGUGCUCCCUUCCUGCCACACCACCCUAAAUCUGGCUACCCAGAUUAUAGAUCCAGUCUGUGCUUCAUGCAGCUGUCCAUACAGCUUUAAUGUACAGCAUUCAAAGAGCCAUGACUUUUAGUCCCUGGACUGAAUUUCCAGCCCCAUCCAAUGUCAUUUAGCACAUUAAGGGGCUCCUGCAUAAAUGCACACAUGAUGGCUUUGGUUACUCCGUGCUUUUCUUUUUCUUUCUUUCUUGUCUAUGGAGAUUCUCAGUCAUCCAGGUCAUGGUUGUC